AUGUUCAUGCUACGGAAUGUCAGCAAGUACCUCUUCGGCGACAGCUCCAAGGAAUCCAUCGUCGAAGUCCCCCAGGGUCAGCUCUAUCUCGUGCGCCCGUUGUCCGUCAAGGGCUACUCUGAGCUCAUUUUCAAGGACGCCGCCGCCUCCAUCCGCCGCACCGGCCAAGACUUCCAGUACCAGCUUGUCAUCCAGCGCGCAUACGAGGAGGGCGAGCGCGAGUUGCUCGGCGAGGACGAGGAAGAAGACGGCGCUACCGAGGGUUUGGGUGCGGAGAAAGACGAGCGCACCUUCCUGCUCGACGAGGCUCUGCGCUUCCGAACCGACGUGAGGCAGACCGGCGAGAAGGUAUUCGCCUGGAAGGAUCUCAGCGGCGACGAGGGCGACCUUUGGGAAUUUGUUUGCGACAGCUCUGUCCAGCCUCCGACUGUCGCUACAUUCGAGGUUGUUGCCGUCCAGUGCCAGUACGAGAGAAAGUACCGAAGGAGCCAUCAACAAGCUACUGAGCAGGACCUUCAACAAUUCUCCUUUGAACAAGAAGCCAUUCCAGACGCAAGCCCGGUGUCCAGCCCAAGGAUACGCUCCCCUCUUGCGUCACCCGACAUUGCGAGGUCCAGCUUCAGCCUCGAUCCGCCAACUACCAUCGACACCAUGGUUUCCAAGCCCGCUCCGCAGGUGGAAACCCCGCCCAAGGUCCCAAAGGCCACCGCUGCCCCUGCCGCCCGCGCGCAACCCGAUAGUCGCGAGGUGCUCGCAAACGAGACGGCUGAACUGCACUUGUUCGAUUUCGAAUCCGGUGCUUUCGUCCUCCAGGACCCCGGCGUGAAAGCUAGUGUUUCCGAUAUUGGCGACUGGAAGUACUGGCUGCAAAUCAGCGGCGAAGGAAAGGAGUGGCUCGGCCAGCCCGUCGUGCCAGAUAUCAACCCGGUCUUCAAUUUCGAAUAUCUCUCGUUUAUUUUCAAUCACUACACAGAAGACGGAUCUGCCUACUCAUGGCUCCUUCGUUUCAAGGACCAGGAAACGGAGGAGAGGUUCCAGGGAGGCCUCAUGCAGGCUCUGUGGGAACACCUGAACGAGACCAAAUGGCACAAGGCCAAGACUGACGACCGCGACUAUGUCAUGGAAGCCUUCCAGGACUUGACGAUGGAAGAUGAUGAUGGAAAGGCCGAAGAAGAUGAAGAUGAACAGCAGUCGGACGAGGAGGAGGAAGACCGUACCAGGCGCAGUGAGCAUUACGACUCGGAUGAAGAGCAGGAUGACGUGGUUACCAGGGACAGUGACGGCAACGUGAACUCCCAACUUGCUGUUGGCUACAGACAUGACAGGUCAUUCGUUGUGCGCGGCUCAAAGAUUGGCGUGUUCAAGCACACGGAUGACAACCAGCUGGAAUUCACCACCAACAUCUCAAAGGUUGAAACCCCCAAGGGCAAGCUCUUCAGCCCGAAGAAAGUUAUGCUCCACAUGGAGGACCGGGACAUGAUCUUGCAGAAUCCUCACGAUCCCAAUUCGCUCUACCGCAUGGAUCUCGAGCGCGGUCAGAUUGUAGACGAGUGGAAAGUGCACGAAGACAUUCCCGUUGACAUUUUCGCGCCGGAGAAGAAAUAUUCCCAGAUGACAGGAGAGCAAACCCUCCUGGGCCUGUCGCACAAUGCGCUGUACCGCAUCGAUCCUCGCCUAUCGGGCGACAAGCUGGUCGACUCGGACCUGAAGCAGUACACGAUCAAGAACGACUUCUCCGCCGCAGCCACUACUGAAAAGGGCUACAUUGCUGUUGCAUCCAACAAGGGCGACAUCCGGAUGUUUGACCGGCUCGGCAUCAAUGCGAAGACGGCUUUACCGGCCAUUGGUGAUCCCAUCAUUGGCGUUGACGUUUCUGCUGAUGGUCGUUGGAUACUUGCGACGACGCGCACAUAUCUACUCCUGAUCGAUGCGCUCCAAAAGGAGGGCAAGAACGAGGGGAAGCUUGGAUUUGAAAAGGCAUUCCCCAAGGACUCGAAGCCACAGCCGCGCCGGCUUGCGCUGACGCCCAGCCACGUGGCGCAAUUCCAACACGAAACCAAGGCGCCCAUCUCGUUCACGCCGGCUCAGUUCAACACAGGCAUGGACAGCACCGAGACCACGAUUGUGUCAGCCACGGGGCCAUUCGUGGUGACGUGGAGCAUGAAGAAGGUGCUGGCGGGCCGCAAGGACCCAUACAGCAUCAAGCGCUACGCGGAGGAGGUCAAGGCGGACAACUUCCGAUACGGGUCGGACAAGAACCUCAUCGUGGCGCUUCCAAACGAGGUCAACAUGGUGGCCAAGCGGGCACUCCGACGGCCCACGCGCGAGAGCAUCGCCAUGCCCUCACGCGUCGGCACGCCCCGGAAGGGCGGCAGAGGGAGCUAUCUCUCGCGCAACGACAUUGUCAACAGCCCGUACUAG